CACCCUGCAAUGCAGUUUGAAGAACAGGGUGCGCCAUCUGGCGACCCCAGCAAGAAGCUUGAAGGCGUUCGCGCGCAUGGGCCUUUCUUCGCUGCCAUUGCUCAGCGCGGGUACAGCGUGGUCUUUUUGAGCUUUUGCCUUUCGCGUCCGAAAUACCUGCGCCUGUUUUCUCUAGUUUAAGAUCCGAUGGCGUCAUCAGAACCGUGUGGUCGCACCCCUGUGAAGAAGAAAAGUGGGCGCAGGUACUGCUCUGUCAAAGACUGCCACAGUCGCGAAGGGACACCAGGCGUGAGGCUGUACAGUUUUCCGUCAAAGCCUUGGGAGAAGUCACGAAGGCAAAAAUGGAUUAUCGCCGUGCGACGAGUCAAUUUUGAGGACUCCUCUAGCUGGCAGCCUAAUCGAGAUUCGAGGGUGUGUUCCAAACAUUUUGUGAAUGGCGAGAAAAGCACAAUUGAAAGCCACCCAGGUUAUGUACCAACAAUAUUCCCGACCGUGUACAAGAAGAGGUCCACUUCAUCUACUGCUCAGCUGGCUAGAUUUAAUAGGUGGAAGCAGCGGCACUCUGGGUCAUCUGCAUCACUGGCUACUCCUGCAUCAGCUGAUUCCCCUGGACCAGCUUCUCCCUACACAGCUGAGACAGGAGCCAUUGGUACCAGCAGCCUUACCACAGUUGAUCUAGCAACUAGUACAGACCUGUUGUACGAGCGGAGCUCGACAGAGGGCUUGGAUCUACUGUCCACUGUCGCUGCUGAGCUUUGCACUGCAGUAAAAUCUGUGGAAACACAAACUGAAGAAAGAAGCGUGUCAAGCAAGAAUUUCUCGGUGUUCAUGUGCUUCAUUAGUGAGUCAGGGACAUCAACUCAAGUGACACAUCUUGAGACAUGCGACAACAGUGUGCAACACAAGCCAGAGGUCAGUAGCAGGCAUAGUGGCUCUGACCACAGAACCAGCUACUUCUCCGGCUACGACAGCAUCGCUAAAUCUGCAAAUGCAUUGCAAGACCUGUGCAGUGUCAGCAAAGAAGUGUUUGCAAUGCUUCUGAGCAUGCUUCCACCUUCAGAACGAAAAUGUGACGUCACUGCUGAGAAUAGGCUUCUUUUGUUUCUUUUGAAGUUAAAGCUUGGAAUCAGCUACUCAUCACUGGCUAUUCUCUUCUCGGUAAGCGAAACGUCGGCAUCAAGGCAUUUCAAGAGUGUUCUCAAAACGCUCGCGGUGGCCACUAAACAAUGGAUUUUUCGCCCCCCACCAAGAGUGAUUCAGGCCACAAUGCCAGACAGCUUUAAGAUGCAUUAUCCUAGCUGCACUAUGAUUAUUGACUGCACAGAAAUACGUACAGAGCAGCCACCAACUGUGCAACAAGAACGAGUCUUGUACUCAAAUUACAAAGGCGCAUAUACGCUGAAGUUUUUAGUGGCUGUAACACCAGGAGGAAUGAUUUGUUUUUGUUCAAAAGCCUAUGGUGGUAGACUGUCUGAUGCCCACAUUACAGUUGAUUCUGGUUUCCUCGAUCUUGUUCAACCUGGGGAUACAGUUCUUGCCGAUAAGGGAUUUCCAGGCAUCCAGACAGUUUUAGGAAACCAGAAUGCUGUUCUUGUUAUGCCUCCAUUUCUCCAUGCCUCUCAGUUUACGCCAGAGGAGGUUAGGGACACUUACAAUAUCGCUCAAGUGCGGAUACAUGUCGAACGAAUGAUUCAGAGGAUUAGAAUAUAUAAUGUCUUGAACAACAAAGUACCAACUGAGCUUAUCCCAUGCAUGACGGAUGUCUUUCAUGUCUGCUGUGUGCUAGCAAACCUCCAGCUCCCAAUAAUUAAGCGCAAAGAACAACAACAGUCAUUUGUCGUGUCUGCAUCAUGAACAAUCGACUUUGCCUCACUCUGGAUUACACAAAAUGAAAUGAAUGAAUGAUGGGGGAGCAUCAGUGCGCUAGGCACCAUUUCGAUAAUAGGACUUGUCUUCGUCUAGGCUGGCCGGGGGUUUCGACAAGUGCUCUUGCCGAAACAUUAGCUAGUGGACUGAGGCCUUCAUAGCUUUCUUAUUUUGCUCUGUGUUGCCAAGGAUCUCAUCUGCCAUGGAUACUCACUUUGCAUUAUUUGUUUGAGCUAUUUGCAUUUUAUUGUUUCGAAAUUGGACGUGGUCAUUGAGAAACACCGUA